AUGUGGAGGGAUCCAGGGCUUCCUACUGAUUCCUUCUAUGAGGUCAGGGCUGAGAGACUCUUCAUUAGCGUGACUCUCCAUUUCUCAAAGGAAAAAAAAAAUUUAAUCCAAUUGAAUGGUAAAACUCUUAGCCAAAGAAGAUGGCAGGCUGCAUUUAGUCCAGAGGGUUACUUGGAUAUAGCACCAACUCUAACCCGAAUUCAAAGAGGAGGUAUCCAUCCCACAAUUAGAGGAGAAGUUUGGGAGUUUCUACUUGGUUGUUUCGAUCCCAGAAGCACCUAUGAAGAGAGAGAUCAAGUGCGGCAAAGACGAAGAGUGAAAUAUGCCAAAUGGAAGGAAGAAUGUCGAGCGAUAGAUUCUCACGUUGGAAGUGGUACACUUAUUACAGCUCCAAUAAUCACAGAGGACGGUGAGCCUAUUCAAGAUCCUUUGGUGCUGCUUCAAGCCAUUCCCAACCAAGCUGAUUCAGGAAGCUAUGGAAAUCUUAGUAGCAACAACUCCCCCGUUGACAAAGGUCAACGAAUUACAGACAAGAAAAUAAUUGAGUGGAAACUGACACUACAUCAAAUUGGUCUCGACGUUCUUCGUACUGACAGAACACUUGUGUUUUAUGAGAAACAAGAAAAUCUAUCGAAACUGUGGGAUAUCCUAGCUGUCUAUGCCUGGAUAGAUAGAGAUGUUGGCUACUGUCAAGGAAUGAGCGAUCUCUGCUCUCCAAUGAUAAUGCUUCUUGACGAUGAAGCAGAUGCAUUUUGGUGUUUUGAGCGCUUAAUGCGCAGAUUGCGAGGAAAUUUCAGAUGCACAGACCAAUCUGUUGGCGUCGAGAGUCAACUGCAAAGUUUAGCAUCAAUUACUCAAGUUCUUGACCCGAAACUUCAUCAACACCUUGAAACUUUAGGUGGAGGUGACUAUCUGUUUGCAUUCCGUAUGUUUAUGGUAUUAUUUCGCCGAGAGUUCUCAUUUGGAGAUUCCUUGUUUCUUUGGGAGAUGAUGUGGGCUCUGGAAUAUGACCCUGACUUCUUCUCCUUGUACGAAGCACAAGAAGCAGGAGUUUCCGGUGACAAGCAAGAGGGAUCUAAAGGGAAAGCAAAAUCAAUUCGUCAGUUUGGAAAGUAUGAGCGUGAAAAUAUGAGAUCUAAAACUGAUGCUCCACUCCCCAUUACAGUUUUUCUUGUCGCUAGUGUCCUCAAGGACAAUAGUGCAAAACUAUUGCAAGAAGCGCGUGGCUUGGACGAUGUGGUUAAGAUUUUGAAUGACAUCAAUGGAAAUUUGGAUGCAAAAAAAGCUUGCAGCGGAGCGUUGAAACUUCACAAGAAGUAUUUAAAAAAGGCAAAGAAACCAUAGUCGCCAAGACAAAACUACAGUUCCACAGCAAUUUUAUGUAUUUUCAAAGCAUAUCAGCUCAGAGGCCUCGGAUUCAAGUGCCGUUGGAGGUUCAAGUAUGAAUGAUGUAUAAGACGGUGUUGUGUUAUGUUAAAUUAAUUGUACAAUGUACACAACAUUCUGAUUAUACCAUGACUACAGUCAUCGUUGUAUACGUGUUGUUCCAAAUACAGGAAGCUUCUUAUCGGAAGCUUCCUUCAUAUUUAACAAAAUGUGAAAAAGAAGAAAAGAGAAUUUAUGUCUACAUUCUGGAGUUUGUUCUUUGUA